UAAUCAUUUUCAACCCCCUUCCAAAGCUUAAUCAAACACAAAUGUGAAGGUACUAUUUCCUUUCGUUGUUUCUUGUUUCAAUUGGCCAUGUUCACUAGCCUCCAAGACAAGUUUACUUUUGCAAUUUCAAAACCUGCAAAUUAGCAGCCAGGCAGUAAACACCAACAGCAACUACAAAACAACACAACAAACUCUGUCCCAUUCCACACUCAACAUCCCUUUUCCAUUAUUAUUCCUCCAAGGAAACAACCCACAUUCUAAAUAUAAUAGUAACACCACUCCCAAUUCCAAACAAACCUCAAAUCAAAACCCCACACCCACACCACAUUCCAUUCUCCUCUUAAAACCACCACAACAUUCCUUAUUUCCCUUCUUCCAUUCUCUUGUCCACAUACCAAACCACUCCAAUGGCUGUGCUCUCAACAGCAAAUGCUGUCACAACCACACUCUUGUGCUUCUUCAUCUUCUUCAUCUCCCUCUCUCACCAGCAACCACCGCUCGAUUCCGCUGAACAGGAAGCAGUUUACGCGGUGCUGAACUCCCUCAACCCCACCAUCCCCUGGCGCACGCUCUUCUCCGACGAUCUCUGCCUCUCCGCCCCACACGGCAUUGUUUGCGAUUACCCUCUUCCAUCUUCUUCUUCCACCACCGAACAGUCACAAAGCGCACACGUUGUGGAGCUCAGCUUCGGCUACGUUUCGGACGAGACUCCGAACCCACCUUGCUCCGAUAACGCCACCCUCAACCCUCUGCUUUUCACCUCUUUCCCUUACCUCCGGAAACUCUUCUUCUACAAAUGCUUCAACAGCACGCAGAGUUCACACCUUUCUGAUCUUCCCCCUCUUCCUCCAACUCUGGAGGAGCUUGUUUUCAUCGAAAACCCUGCUUUUGUUACCCCUCUUGCCCCCUUUCUCCGUAACCUCACCGCUCUCAGGAGGCUUGUUUUGGUCGGAAACGGAUUCUCCGGCGAGGUUCCGCCGCAGAUUGGUGCUUUCGCCGACUUGGAAGAGGUUACCCUCUCCGGAAAUCAGCUCAGCGGCGAGGUUCCGGCGAGUUUGGGGUUGUUGAAGAAGGUGAAGAUUCUUGAUCUGAGCCACAACACGUUCAAAGGGUGUGUCCCUGAAAAGCUUGGGAAUCUCACUCAACUUCUGAAGCUUGAUUUGAGCUACAAUGGUUUUGGUUGCAAGAUUCCAGAGAGUUUGAGGGGCUUGCAAUGCUUGGAAUUUUUGGACAUGAGCUUCAAUGGUUUUGGUAACUUUGGGGUUCCUCUGUUUCUUGGUGAGAUUCCCAGGUUGAAGGAAGUGUACCUGAGUGGGAACUUGCUAUCUGGGGUGAUUCCAGAAAUAUGGGAAAAUCUUGGGGGUGUUGUGAAAAUUGGAUUUUCAGAGAUUGGUCUGACUGGGAAAAUCCCUGCAUCAAUGGGGGUGUAUCUGAAAAAUUUGUCUUAUCUUGGGCUUGAUAACAACAAGCUUGAAGGGCCUGUGCCAGAGGAGCUUGGGCUUCUGGAGUUUGCUGAUGAGAUCAACUUGGAGAACAACAAUUUGACUGGUAGAGUCCCAUUCUCAGCUAAAAAUGGGCACAAGAUCAAGUUGGCAGGGAACAGAGGACUCUGUUUUCACAACCAAAUUAGUUGUUCUGGUGAAAAUGGAGGCAGAGUGGGUCAACUCAAGCCCUGCAAGAAAACAGCUGUUACUGUUCCUGCUGCUGUCCUUUUCAAUGGGGCUUCUUUGGUUGGUUUUGAUCCUCUUACGUUGGUCCUGGGAUUCUUGUUUGUUUUCACAGGGUUUUGAGGGAGGGUAGGUUUUGUCCUUAUUAGACUGGAGGUGACCAAGUUAUUUUUUUUUUGACCAGAGCAAAGAAUACAUGUUUAUUCUGACUAGCUAGGAAGAUCCUCAUCCAGUGUAAAGUUGAUGGGAUAGUGAUCAUACUGAUGAUAGUUAAGAAAUUAGAAAUGUUUAGGGCAAGAAGAAAACAUUGAUCACUUUAAUUGUACUCAAAAUUGAAGUAUAUA